GUGUGUGUGUGCAGAGAGAGGGAGUGUGUGUGUGUGUGUGUGUGUGUGCAGAGAGCUCUGAGGACUCAGGAGUGAAUUCGGUGCGAGAAAUGAAACCACAAAUUACUUGUUUUUCAUUUUUUAAAUAUUAGAAUUCGAGAUUUUUAUUAUUGUUUGAUUUAUUUACUGCUUUUGCUCCAGCGGAUGGUGCGAGUGUGAUAUUGUGUGAUAUUGUGUGAUAUUGUGCAGAAAUGUACGCAGGACGGAAAAGAAGAAAAGCCGCACAGAAAGCUGUGAAGCUGCCUCCAGCUGACGGAGUGAAGUCAAAUCCGUCUAAACGUCAUCGUGAUCGUCUGAACUCGGAGCUGGAUCGUCUCGCUCGCUUGUUACCGUUUCCUGAUGACGUCACAUCGAGUCUGGACAAACUGUCCAUCCUGCGUCUGAGCGUCAGCUUCCUGCGCACCAAGAACUUCUUCUCCGUUACUCUAAAGAAUCACACCACUAAAAGGUUGCCGCCCAGCAACGGUAGCCAUGACAACAGUAAAGCUACAGGAUUGGUGGAUGGACGGCUACCAGAGGGGGAACUGCUGCUGCAGGCUCUUAAUGGGUUUGUGCUAGUGGUCACUUCAGAAGGGAUCAUAUUCUACGCCUCACACACUAUUCAGGAUUACCUUGGAUUCCACCAGACGGAUGUGCUACAUCAGUGUGUAUUUGAAUUGGUCCAUACGGAGGAUCAGCAGGCGUUUAGGCGUAAUCUGCACUGGGCUCUGAACCCUCCUACUGCAGAGCCACAGCCCGAGAACACACAGGAUGCAGGUUCCGUCUCCAGCUCAUCUUCAGUCACCUAUAAACCAGAUCAACUGCCUCCAGAGAACUCGUCUUUCCUGGAAAGGAGCUUCAUCUGUCGCUUCCGCUGCCUGCUCGAUAACUCCUCCGGCUUCCUGGCGCUGAAUCUCCAGGGUCGCCUGAAGUUCCUUCACGGACAGAACAGACGACUGGAUGAUGGAGGUCAAGCCCCGCCCCAACUGGCGCUGUUUGCCGUAGCCACGCCUAUCUUAGAGAUCCGCACCAAGAACAUGAUCUUCAGAACCAAACAUAAGCUGGACUUCACUCCAAUGGCCUGCGAUGCCAAGGGUAAAAUAGUUCUGGGCUACACCGAGGCAGAGUUACGAGUCCGAGGCUCAGGCUACCAGUUCAUCCACGCGGCCGACAUGCUGUACUGCGCAGAGAACCACGUCCGCAUGAUUAAGACCGGGGAAAGUGGCCUGACUGUAUUUCGACUGCUCACCAAGGAAAAUCGGUGGAAAUGGGUGCAGGCCAACGCCAGACUCGUCUAUAAAAAUGGCAAACCUGAUUACAUCAUCGCCACUCAGAGGCCGCUCGGGGAGGAAGAAGGAGGUGAGCAUCUAAGGAAACGCUCCAUGCACCUCCCCUUCACGUUUGCAACUGGCGAAGCUUUGUUGUAUCAAACCAGCUUCCCCAUCCCCGGCUUCUCUGAUAACAUGGCGGCCAAAGGCAAGAGUGGGAAAUCCAAGAAAACCAAAGUAGACAAAGGGUCACAAGAUGAGCUGGACCCUAGCUCCCUGCUUGGUGCAAUGAUGAGGCAGGACGAGUCGGUUUACGUAUGCCAACCUGCGUCAGAGCCGAAAGUACCAUACCGCAGCAGCCUGUUAAGCAAACAGCAGGAGACCAGCACAUUUUCUACAUCUGUGGAAUGUGAGAACUGGAAUUCUGCACCAAACAGUGUAAACGGAGUUCCCAAGUCUGAAGUGCCAACUAGUUUCGACCCCCUGCUGGCUACACUGGAUUCUCUGUCACUAGAAAAUGAAGAAAAUGAAGAAAACUGCUCCAACAGCGAGUUGUUUAAUGCACUGGAAAACCUGGGACUGAAUGCUGAGGAUCUGGAGCUGCUGCUCCUGGAUGAGAGGAUGAUCCAGGUGGAAAUGGAGCCAGAAUACAUACCUUCCCUCAAAGAUUUCCUUACUAACAAUGAGAUCCUGUCCUAUAUCCAUGAUUCACUAGAAAAUAGGACAAGCAACGGGGAUAGUCUUGUUCCCCUUACUGCCCCAGAUCUUGUGGACCCUAUAGAAGGCUCCUCAAAUCCGUAUAAUCCGCCCUCCAAGUCUGAUUCGACUCCUACGACUGUUUCAAGUCCAUAUUUGCCUUUCCGACCUCCCAAACAUUCAUCACCCAUUCUGCAUCUGUCGCGGCAGAUGCAGCAGCACUUGAGUGCUCAGUCCCUGCACCACAAAAGCCACAACUGGAUUCCUGAGACACAGAUUAGCGAGGUUUUGUUCCCUCAGCACAGUUCAGUACUUGUUAAUGCAGUAGCUGAUGUUCAGAAUGGUCACUGGAUCCCUCAGCAAACUCUGGAGGAAGUCUCACAGGUCAAUGUAAAGUUUCCAGAACCCAAUAAACAUCAGCAGCCUUGGUGCCAAAACCAGAUUCAGUCCCAUUUACCAUAUAAACACGAGCAUAUGGAGGGUGGUGACUCUCAAAAUGGGAUCUACCCCAACCCCCAAUGGCAAGGACCCAACUACAUAGACCAACUGGUCACCACUAACAGCCAUGUGGAUUACAAUAUGGCCACCGUGUCCGGGGUGGAGUUCAGUAGUAGAUCGGUUGGGGAAUUUCAAAGUGGCAUGCCAACAUCAUCAACAUUAUCAUCAUCAUCAUCUUAUCAGCAGCUUUAUGCAAAACAACCACCCACAAAUUAUUCCUACACCAAUCAGAACUCCUCACUGGAUCACAUUCUUCCCUCAUUGGAUGUUUAUGAAAUGUUCGAUUCUACACAAUCCCAUGACUCCACCCACAGAAAGAUGGAAAACGGCUUCGUCUUCAACCCCACCAUGACCUGCCCACUCCCUAAUGACAACGGUGUGACACCCACGCCCGGCGACAAGCCCCGCCCACCUGUCCCAGAUCCUCCACCUACUGGCUUCUACCUCUAACGGAAGCCACACGACGGACCAAUCGUACGUGGCCUGGCUAAGUCCCACAGGAAGAAAAGAACGACAAAAAUGACAUAUUACUGUUAAUAUUUAUUCGAUUCUAAUGGUGAGGAUGUGAUAAAUUAUUCCAGAUAAAUCAGUAAGCACUCAGAGAUGUGUGUGUCGAGUUGGAGAUAAUUGAGUUUAUGACAUUCAUCUAUUAUUCAGCUAAGGAUUUUCACACAUUAUUUGGUCACGACUCGGUGUUAAAGACGUCGUCGGUCUAUAAGCGUGUGUGAGUGUGAGACACAGUGAGAGCUAUACGCAGCUGUAUACUUAGAUUCUACUAAAAAGGCAGUAAUAUGAAAUAAACAGAAACAUGAAUAUGCAGAUGAUUAAUUUAUUUAUAAGCUGGUCAGCUGAUUAGGAUCAUAUUGUACUUGAUAGCUUAAACAACUAAGCACUUCUGUUUAAGCACUUAAUUUGAAAGAUUCUGUCGUUUCUGUCGUUGCCUUUUGCUUCACUUUGAUGCUUUAAGUUACACCAGCUAGCUGUGUUUUUUUUUUUUUUUUUUGUGUUUGUUUUUUACAAAAUGAUGGAUUUUGUAUAUUUGCGGCUAAAAUCUUCCCCUAUUUCUUAUAGAAAAGUUAGCUAAUGUGACUAGCUAGCUAAUAUGACAUGGUAAACUAGCUGCCAUGUAACACAACAGCCUUGCGGGGUUCAAUAGCAUUGUUAGCUUCCUCGUACGUGAGAGAUCUACCAUCCCGCAUAAAAUUAAGCUUUUUUUUGGUACAAGAACGGUCAAAUGUUUGUUAAAAAGAAAUCAGUUUGAAACAGAACAUUUAAAGGGUUUCGUAAAGUUGUGAUGAAAGCCAGCUAGCAUCAGACUGGAAAAGUGAGCUAGCUGUAUCUGUCUAGGCGCUUUGUUUUUUAGCUUUGCUAAUAAUUCUGGUUAACGUUUUACACAUUUUCAGGAAGCACGAAGCCUAGCUGUGUUUAAUUGCGUUUCUUAAACUCUCUCAUUCCCAGCGUCACUCGAUCCGAGCCAUAUUUUUCAUGUUUUGUUUUAAAAAAAAAAACUGUGAAGUAUUUCUAAAAUCUGAAAAAAGCCUUUUUGUAUUUCUUUUUUUACUUGAGCUUGCUGAUCUGAGAUCAAGUGUGUGUUUUUUUGUAGUGUUAGGGUUAUCUAUGGCUUGUCCAAGUGACAAACCUGAAAAAAUGUUGACAAAUGAAACAAAAAAAUAUCAUUAUCUGGAAUUAAACUGUAGCAUACUGGAGUACUAUUACUAUUAUGAUGAUUAAUAUUAUUAUGAUGAUGAUGACUGGAGUAGGAUAUACAGUAUAAGUGAAAUAUAUAUGAAUAGAGAUGAUGUACUUAAAGUUAAAUUAUUAAUAUAAUGCUAUAAAACGGUAUUUCUACUUACGAUAAAUUACUUAAGCGUAAAGUGCGACCUUCUUAAAAAAUGUGUAGUGUUGUGAGAAAGCAGUCAUGAUGUCAUCCUCUUGGAAUAGCCAAAUUUUGAUCUUUUCCUGUUUUUAAGUCUUUUCUUUAAUAAUACGUAAUGAAUUGUUAACGAAAUAAGGUGUUUGUCUUCCUGUCUAAACAUGUCUAGACUUGAAUUAGCAUUAGCAGUCUAUCCUGUAGCUUGGCGAGCUCCAUUUAGCCGCCAGUUUAAGAGCCAUGAGAGUAAAAACAGCGAAACCGACUCACCGAAAACUCAUCCUCUUGUUGUCACAGAUAGAAAUCGCACAUCGUAAAACAGUUCUUCAGUCGUGAGUUGAGAUCGGCGUUGUUAGAAAACACGACAAAGUUCUGUCAGUGUGAGAAAUCUUCUAAAGAGUGUGCUUGGACGCUCGUCUAAAAUCCACCAGUAGGAGGACGGCGAAUUCACAGGACAGCUAGAAAAUACAGUGAUGCGAUGUCAGUAUGCGAAACAUGCUAAUGGACGGAGAAAAAUUCCUUAUUCCUUAUCGUAUGACACAGAGACACACGCUAUAACAUAGUCUAUUAUCGAAUUCACAACAGAGUGUAUUAUACAGGAUCUCGUACAGUGUGAUGAAGAAUAAUCUUGAGUAAGUUAAAAAAAAAAAAGAAGUUCAUUGUUUGCUGUCAAUGAUUUAAAAAAAAAACAUUUAUAUGCGUAAAAAAGGGUCAAGAAAAGCUUAUUCUUAGAGGCCAAACAAAUGUUCUUAACAAAUGUUUAGUAUACUUACGAAUAACUUCAUCACUGCACUGUUAUACAUUAAAUACUGGACGUAUUUUAUUCCUGGAACUUGUUUAACACAUAUUGCAUAUUUCUAAUGAUCAAAAGAUUAAUAUUUGGAACAAAAUAAUCUAUAUAUUAUAAAAUAUAUACAUACAUAUAUAUAAAUGCCAUCUUAAAUAUACCUACUUCAAGACGUUUCUUACGUGAAGUGACAUCAGCUCAAACUAUGAACGAUAUGAUGAAAUUUUAAAAAACAACGUGAACGAAAAGGUGUAAUGUACAUGUUUUUUGUUGCUAGCACAGUUUGAAAAAACACACUUAGCACUCAAGGGGGAUUUACUUUCUCAAACUUCUACUUAAAGGCAGAAAAGAUUGUGAUUGGCUACAUCAGGGAAUCAAUGAUAAUGAAGAAAAGGCAUAUGACUGUAUAAUAUCUACUGAUAAAAUGUUUAUGAAGAGCUAGCUAGCUGUGUAGCUAAUGUUGCUAGCUAGCUUGAAUCAUGGUCUGGUAGUCAGGAACUAAUUUUGAGUUAAAAGACACUCUUGGAAAAAAGUUUUUUUUCAAUAGUCAACUAUUCUACGCUUCCUAAAGGCAUCCUACUGCUGCAUCCCAAUUCGUCUACUUAUAGUACACGCUAAAAGUACGUACUCUUUUCGUGAAGAAAAAAGUGCAUACUUCUGAGUGUGUAGCUAAAGAGUAGUAUGCGAGUACUGGGACGUACUAACGAACACGUCAUGUUUGGGAAGAGAACGCUGUUGCCUAGUUACGCAAACCGUCACCGUAAACAACCUCCUCAUCGCAUUUCAGCUUUUCUUCAUUCAUUAUUCCUGAUAUCAUUUACACCAUAGAAUAUAAUUUACCAUUCCCUUGAUUUAUUUUUCCACAUUUCAUUUACACCUCUCUAAAACAUGUCCUUGAAUUCCACAAGCAAACUGUCACAAAACUCCUCCUCCUCCUCCGGCACGCAAGGAAUUGUGGGUAAUAUUAGCUGAAAAACUGUCCACGGAUACAUAGUUCGAAAAUCCACCGGAAAUAGUCGACCAUCCGGGAACCUCUGGGAUUCAUUUCAACAUCCUACGAUUUGGGCCACGAUAAUUCUAAACUCCGAGACUAUUCAGGACGGAUAGUAGGCGAAUUGGGACGCGGCUCAUCUCUACAUCACUGCCGUAGCUCCACCUCUCUUUGGAGCCAAUAUUUGGCCCCGCCCUUUUGAAUUGUAACAGCGUGUCUGUACAAAUUCUUAAGUUGUGAUCGUGUGCUUUGGAAAUGAAGCCGGAAAAUCAUAAAUUAUAGCAUGAAAGUGCACCAGAUAACAUGUUUAUAAGCUAGCUAGCUGUGUAACUAACAUUACUAGCUAGGUUGAACGUUUCUCUCGUCAAGUGGUGGUUAGCUCAUUUUAUCUCAUUUUAAACUUAUCUAGCUAGCUACUUUUUUGAUGAAAGUUUCAACAAAACUAACAGUUAAACAACGUCCGAUUGAAACAUAAAAUGGGUUAAUGAAUAUCAAUAUUAAUAUUAAUGAAUAUACAAGACUGAGUUUUCUAUUUUUGGUAAAUAGGUAGCGAUCUACGAAUGCUAGCGCCUUAAUGCUACACAACCACAGUUGUGACAGUCAAGUAGUUAAAAAAAAUAAUAAACUAAGUCAUGAGUCAUGUUUUUUUUCUAGCCAUUUUACUUUUUUGAGAUACACUAUAUUACCAAAAGUAUUCGGUCACCUGCCUUGACUCACAUAUGAACUUAAGUGCCAUCCCAUUCCUAACCCAUAGGGUUCAAUAUGAUGUCGGUCCACCUUUUGCAGCUAUUACAGCUUCAACUCUUCUGGGAAGGCUGUCCACAAGGUUGAGGAGUGUGUUUAUAGGAAUUUUUGACCAUUCUUCCAAAAGCGCAUUGGUGAGGUCACACACUGAUGUUGGUCGAGAAGGCCUGGCUCUCAGUCCCCGCUCUAAUUCAUCCCAAAGGUGUUCUAUCGGGUUCAGGUCAGGACUCUGUGCAGGCCAGUCAAGUUCAUCCACACCAGACUCUGUCAUCCAUGUCUUUAUGGACCUUGCUUUGUGCACUGGUGCACAGUCAUGUUGGAAGAGGAAGGGGCCCGCUCCAAACUGUUCCCACAAGGUUGGGAGCAUGGAAUUGUCCAAAAUGUUUUGGUAUCCUGAAGCAUUCAAAGUUUCUUUCACUGGAACUAAGGGGCCAAGCCCAACUCCUGAAAAACAACCCCACACCAUAAUUCCUCCUCCACCAAAUUUCACACUCGGCACAAUGCAGUCCGAAAUGUACCGUUCUCCUGGCAACCUCCAAACCCAGACUCGUCCAUCAGAUUGCCAGAUGGAAAAGCGUGAUUCAUCACUCCAGAGAACGCGUCUCCACUGCUCUAGAGUCCAGUGGCGGCGCUUUACACCACUGCAUCCGACGCUUUGCAUUGUACUUGGUGAUGUGUGGCUUGGAUGCAGCUGCUCGGCCAUGGAAACCCAUUCCAUGAGGCUCUCUGCGUACUGUACUUGGGCUAAUCUGAAGGUCACAUGAAGUUUGGAGCUCUGUAGCAGUUGACUGUGAAGAAAGUCAAUGACCUCUUUGCACUAUGCGCUUCAGCAUCCGCUGACCCCUCUCCGUCAGUUUACGUGGCCUACCACUUCGUGGCUGAGUUGCUGUUGUUCCCAAACUCUUCCAUUUUGUUAUGAUAAAGCUGACAGUUGACUGUGGAAUAUUUAGGAGCGAGGAAAUUUCAUGACUGGAUUUGUUGCACAGGUGGCAUCCUAUGACAGUUCCACGCUGGAAUUCACUGAGCUCCUGAGAGCGGCCCAUUCUUUCACAAAUGUUUGUAAAAACAGUCUGCAUGCCUAAGUGCUUGAUUUUAUACACCUGUGGCCAGGCCAAGUGAUUAGGACACCUGAUUCUGAUCAUUUGGAUGGGUGACUGAAUACUUUUGGUAAUAUAGUGUAUUUACUAUUUACACCAGAAUGGAUUUUCUUUCUUUCUUUCUUUUUUUUUUUUGUUAUGUAGCUAGCUAUUUAAGAAUGCUAGCUCCUAAAUGCUACACAAGCACACCAGAUACCGAGCACAAGUCAUGUUGCUAAUUCCCCACCUUUCUGUAAUAAUUUCAGUGUUUAUCACGAAAAUGUCCAAAUUGUAAAUAUGAAAUAAUUAUAAACAUUAGAAUUGAAUCGUUUCCGCUAAGAAAAGAGGUUUGGGUAAGUAAAACUCCCAUGAGCACCGUGAGCACAUGACGUAGACUGAUAGAAAGAUUUUCAGACUAAAAUACUGCACAAAUAUUCUGUACUGUGAAUUAUUUCUGUUUUUAUGAAGGAAAAAAGGGUUUGACAUGUAAAGGAAAAAAAUAAGAAUAACAAUAACAUGGUGCCAUAAUGGUGAAUUUCUCAUGGUGUUUAGUGUCGUACAUGUUGAGUUUUUUUUUUUAAAGAAAUAAUAAAUAAAAAGUUUUGCUGAAUGAGGUGGGAAGGAGAACCGAUACGUAUGCAGUGUUAUCCGUUUGUCUUUGAGAUGUAACCUUCAAUCCUGGAAUUAAACGAUUCGUGCAAUCACAAGGCCGCGUGUCUCGUGUAUUUAUUCAUGCAGCAGGUGAAAUCGUCAUUUUAUAAAUCGCAAAUCUGAUCGAUCUCAAAUCUGUAACUUGUA